UUAAUUUGUUUUUUAUUUCCGUGUUGUUAUUUCACUGGAUUACAAUCUUCAACUACUAUUUUUAAGUGAAUAAAAGAUUAAUCAACUUCUAUGUGAUGAAAUGUCUGAUUUCUAUUCUGUUUCUUCACCACCGAUUACUCAUUCGGUGUUUAAGGAGACCUUCACGCUCCCCACUUUGCCCUCUCCCAUUUUCUCACCUGAAAAAAGCGGACAAUCCCUCAUCGUAGCGUCAGCUUGCAAGCAAGGAAAAAAUGGAGAAAGAACGAGCAAGACUGGUAGUCCUGAUGAAUUGAAUAGAGGAUAUUUUGAUGAUAUGUCUGAGCUAAAGCAACACGUGAUUGCAUUGGCAAAUAAGAUUCUAAUUCCCGGAAUUGCAGCAAGGAAGUUUCCUGCCAUGGAUGUUAUAUAUUCUGAUGGUAGAAAAUCAAAGCUGCCGAUUGUUUUUGAUGCAAGUGGCGUUGAUUCUAGCAAGUUGGCUGUCCCUGAAGGAUCUUUAGUCUGUCUACCAUUUAGAGCAAACUCUCAGGCUAUGGUCGAUUCUUGGAGCAAGCCUUUUUAUGACGCCUUUAGUGAGUCCAAGAGCGUGUAGCUAUAUGAGGUUCUAUGUUUUUGCUAUUUAACUUUUCAUUCCUUUUUGGCAUGUGUGGUGAAUCAACUAUUCUCAGUUUUCUGUUGCUAGAAGGAACUUAUAGUUACACGCAUCUGUAGUCAAUAAUAAUAACAAACAAAUAAAACAGCGAACAAGAAUAGAAGAUAACCAUGCUGGUAUGACUUAUGAGUUAUGACCGUCCUAGUUGAGCUUAUAGCUCAUCAGACUAGCCUAUAAUUAAUAAUGCAGUUGUCCUUUUAUUUACUGUAUUUGAAUGGAAAUUCUUGGCAACUGAUUUUAUGUUUUAUAUAAGUUAUUUGUUAAAAUAGUCGUGUUUGGAAA